AUGCCUGUCAAGGUGGCAAUUGUCGGCGCAGGCCUGAUUGGCCCUCGCCAUGCAAAGUCGGUCAUCGCGAACCCCUCCACAGAGCUCAUUGCGCUGGUUGACCCAAUGCCAACGGGCGAGGCAACCGCGUCUGGCCUCCAGACGAACUACUACCCGUCAGUGGCCUCACUGCUGGCAUCCUCCCAUCGCCCCGACGCAGCAAUCGUCUGUACUCCAAACCACACCCAUGUACCCAUCGCAAAGGAGCUCCUAGCUGGGGGAGUCCACGUCCUCCUCGAGAAGCCCGUGAGCGACACCUUGGAAAACGGUCGGUCGCUCCUGGAGUUUGCAAAGGCCCCCGAACAGGCCCACCUCAAGCUCCUGGUGGGCCACCACCGUCGCUUCAACCCCUACGUACGAGCCACCAAGUCGGUUCUUGAGAGCGGCUCUCUCGGACGUACCAUUGCGAUCAAUGGACUGUGGACAUUAUACAAGCCAGAUGCAUACUUCGCCCCACCAACCGACUGGCGCGCCUCGAACGAGACGGGUGGUGGUGUGAUUCCCAUCAACCUCGUCCACGACAUCGACCUGAUGCACCACUUCUUCGGCCCCAUCGUCCGAGUUACAGCAGAGCCUACUCUCCCACAACGUCCAAGCCCACAUAACGCCGACGAAGGCGCUGCCCUGACGCUACGCUUUGCAUCAGGGGUCGUCGGCACAUUCCUAGUGUGCGACGCCACCCCUUCGCCACACAGCUUCGAGGCCGGGACGGGGGAAAACCCACUUAUUCCGAAAACAUCGACCGGGGAUUCGGAUUUCUACCGGAUCUUUGGCUCGGAUGCGUCGCUCAGUGUGCCUGAUCUGACGCGGUGGAGCUAUGAUGCUAGUCCGGAGAAGAGUUGGAAUCAUCCGCUGACAGUGGAUCGCAUUCCACUGCCUGACGAUAAGGCGCCAUUCGAUUUGCAGCUUGCGCAUUUCGUGGAUGUGAUCAAUGGGGAGGCUGAGCCUAGUUGUACUGGCGAGGAAGGCUUGCGCGCUUUGAUUGUCUGUGAAGCUGUGCAAAAGGCGAUUCGAUCUGGUCAGCCUGUAGAUAUUGAUGUUGACUUAUUAUGCAAGUCAAAUUAG